AUGGAACAAUAUCAUAAUAGAGACAACUCAAUAGUUACAAUGAGCACAGUCACAAGAACUUCAUCUAUAUUUAGCCAAUCUAAAGAAGUUGAUGAAGAUGAUGAUGUUUUUUCCCUUUAUGCAUAUGAUGAAGAAAAAGAUGAUACCAAAGAACAAAAAUCUAUAAUACAAGAUAAUAAACAACACAAGAGAUCAAUAAGUUCCAAUAGUGAUUAUUUUUCCAAAAAUAAACUUAAAGCUAUAAUGAUAACGGUAUUCGGAGAUCAAGAUCAAUUUGAAAUAUCAAAUAACAAAUUACAAGAUUUUUUUUAUGCUGGACCAAUAAAUAAACAAUCAACAAUAUGGCGUAAGGCAUAUUAUAAUGAUUAUCAUGGAUUUGAUCAAUUAGAAAAAAUUUAUACAAAUACUACUGAUCAAGAAUCUUUACAACAAUCAAGUAUUAUAAUAGAUGAUACACAAUCUAUUGUACCAUCAACUAUUGAAAAUGAAUCUAUUCAAGAAUCUCAUGUUACAAUUGAUGAAUUAGAACCAUUAUCAAGAGAUCCAAAACAACAAUAUCAUAUAAGGUUAAGUACAAUGGAUGGGACAUUUGCUACUAUAUUGAAAAAAAAUGAAACAACUACAGUACAAGAUGUAUUGGAAAUCUUAGAUAAUAAAUAUCAAUUGAAAAAUAUUAAAUUAACAUUAUUUGAUAAUAAAAAUCAAGUGGAAAUUUCUGAUUUAUCUAAAAAUGAUUUAAUUUUAAAAAAACAAAAUGAUUUGUUAAUACAAAGUGGUGUAAAAGUUGAAAAUUUGAUAAGAGAAUGUUUGAAUAAUAAUAAUAGAUGUAAGUUUAUAAUUAAAAGUGAUGAUACAAUAAGUAAUACAGGUAAUACAUUGAAAAAUUCAAGAAGAUCAAUAAGUUGUGCAUCAUUAGUUAGAGAUUCCAAGAUUCAUUAUCAUAUAAGACUUUCUACAAAAGAUGAAUCAUUCAAGACUAUAUUGAAAAAAGAUGAAACUACAACAUUAGGACAAGUUUUACAAACUUUAAAGAAAAGAUUCCAAUUACAAAAUAUUAAAAUAGUAUUAGAAGAUACUUUGAAUCAAACUGAAAUUACAGGAUUACAAAAUGAUGAUCCAAUAAUAAGAAUGCAAAAUGAUUUAUUAUUAUCUAGUGGGGUUAAAAUUGAAGAUUUAAGUAAAGAAUGUUUAAAUAAGAAUAAUAGAUUUAAAUUUUAUAUUAAACAAGAUACCAAGAAUCAUAAUAUUGAAGAUUUAAUUUUACAAAGAGAUCCCAAAAUAAUUUAUCCAUUUAGAUUAUCAACACCAAAUGGAUCAUUUUCUACAAUUUUCCAAAAAGAUGAAACAACAACACUUGGAGAUAUUUUAUCAUGUUUAGCUCAUGCUUUUUAUAUAAUGGGUGUUAAUGAAUUAAUAUUUGAAGAUACACAAACUAAUACAAUUAUUAAAAAAUUUAAUAAUGGUGAUGAUGAAAUUAUUAAAUAUCAAAAUGAUUUUUUAUUAAAAAAUGGUGUUAAAUUUGAAGAUUUAAAUAAAGUUUGUGGUGAUGAAAAUAGUAGAUUUAGAUUUAUUAUCAAUGGAGUAUGA